CUUUCGUCCAUACUCGCCGGUGUCCCUAUCCCUGGCUCCGCCCGUCAAAUUUGGCAAUUGUUGCCUCUACCCUUCGUCAUCCUUAGCAGCGGAAGAGAAUCUCCCUCACUGUCGCACUAGGGUUUCGAUCGCGCUCUCUGAUUCCGCCCUCCUAUCUCUCUCCAGUCGUAAUCCCAGGUAAGCUAUGGGGAAGAGGAAGUCAAGGGCGAAGCCGCCACCUAAAAAGCGGAUGGACAAGCUUGACACAGUCUUCAGCUGCCCUUUCUGCAACCAUGGGUCCAGUGUCGAGUGCCGUAUUGAUAUGAAGAACUUGAUAGGCGAGGCUGUUUGCGGGAUUUGUCAGGAGAGCUUCAGCACUACCAUAACAGCUUUGACUGAGCCGAUAGACGUAUACAGCGAAUGGAUCGAUGAGUGUGAACGGGUUAACAACCUUGAGGAUGAUACUGGCUAAAUCUGAACCCCUUUGCUUGCAGGAGCUGUAUGUGAAAUAUCAGCUGGGUCUAGAGUCGGUUUUAUCUUUAUAAGCAUGGGUCGCUUUCUAGUAAGAAAUAGUUGAUGCAUACUAUAGUUUCUUUCGCAGUUUUAGUCCAGCAUAUGUUAAGCGAGACUGCUGCGUCCUUGGGUGUCACGACCAUCAGAGAAGUUGUAAUGAAUAAGGAAUUCAUGGUGGAUUUGUAUUGCCUAAAUUCCGUGAAUUCUGCUACUUUUGACUAACUUCUGAUCUUGCUAUGUGUAUAAAUUGGUUUAACAAGUUC